AUAUUACAGGUUUGUACCUGACAUUUACGUCUGAAUCACGUGAUCCUGUACAGUUAGGAGGACUAGGAACAAUAAACUCCUACGGCCCACAAUGUUAGAUUUUUGAAGUUUUUCAUUGUGGAAGUUGUUCUUUAAAAAUAAUAACUUUUGGCAGCCUUUGUACUUGCAGAGUGUGGACAGAGAAUGAAACUGCCUUAAAAUCCUACUGGUAGCUAGGAGACCAGGAAGAAAUUGAACACCCAGAACCCGCCACGUUGGAUUGAGACGUUCGGCAGUCUACCAAUCAAUGUCCCCCUAGAUUGUAAAGAAAAAGUCCCCUGACCAUGGACCCCUGGAACAGUGCCCAGGAUGUUGUACGCUGCACCCUGUGUCAAACAUCUAUUGCCCCCAUGUACUGUGAAGUUUGUCACAUACAUCUGUGUGGAAACUGUGUAGAAAAACAUUUCUCUGAUUCCUCAAACGUUCAUAAAGUGGUGCCACUUAAACAAUAUUUAACCACCAAACAGGGAGCCGACUCCUCUCCACCAGACCGGUCACUGAUGGAUGAACCCAAGGUCAUCACAGAAAUAGACACAAAGUACGGAUUUCUAUGGGGUGUGGCGUGUCUAAAUGAGACAAAGAUCUGGACGCGUGGUAAUAACAAAAUGAUGAACCUAUACAACCUGCAUGGGGAACUAGUGGAGUCCAUCCAAACCAAGUCAGGGAUAUAUCCACAGGACAUAGCAGUUACAAGGAGUGGGGAUCUAGUUUAUACUGAUGGCAAAGAUAGAACUGUGAACAUAGUGAAGAAUACACAGAUACAGACAGUGAUCAGACUACAGGGGUGGAGACCUUUCGGAGUCUUUAGUACCUCCUCUGGCGAUCUCCUGGUUGUCAUGGACAGUGAUGAUGAUGAACAAACAAAAGUUGUGUGUUACUCUGGCUCCACAGAGAAACAAACUAUUCAGUUUAAUGACAAAGGACAACCUCUCUAUUCAUCUGGUAACACUAAAUACAUCACUGAGAACAGGAACCAGGAUAUCUGUGUGUCAGACUGUGAUGCCCGUGCAGUAGUGGCGGUCAAUCAAGCCGGGAAACUCCGGUUUACCUACACUGGUUCUCCCUCUACUAUCAAGAGAUCAUUUGGUCCACACGGCAUCACAACAGACAGCCAGGGUCGGAUCCUGAUAGCUGACCGUAACAACUACCAUAUCCACAUCCUGGAUCAGGACGGACAGUUCUUCCGCUACAUUGACAACUGUCAUUUAGAGCGUCCAUAUGGUUUAUGUGUGGACACCAGAGACAACCUCUUUGUGGCUGAGAGGGGAACAAGUAAAGUGAAGAAAAUACAAUAUUACAUCUAAAUCACCCGUCUUUAUAAAUUAGAUGUAAAAAAAAAAUGAAACAAGUAUAAAUUACAUACUGAGUGUGUAAAACCUUAUUUAGAGCAAAUGUUUACAUUACAACUUACUAUAUUUGGUGUAUAUUAGAUGGGACUACUGUG